GGAUAUACCAGAGAAUUACAAGGUUUUGUUCUUACAAGGUGGUGGUACAGGACAGUUUUCUGCGGUACCAUGUAACUUGUUGAACUUGAAACCGGGACAAACAGCUGAUUACCUGGUCACUGGUUGUUGGUCAGCUAAGGCGGCCAAAGAGGCAGAAAAGUAUGGGAAAGUGAAUUAUGUUUUUCCAAAACAAAACAGCUACACAAAUAUACCAGAUCAAUCAGAGUGGAAUUUGAAUCCCGAGGCUUCUUAUGUAUACUACUGUGAUAAUGAGACAGUACAUGGUGUUGAGUUUCAGUUUAUACCAGAAACUAACGGUGUACCACUUGUCUGUGAUAUGUCCUCUAAUAUUCUCACUAGGAAAUUUGAUGUUUCAAAGUUUGGUGUGAUAUUUGGUGGUGCUCAGAAGAACAUUGGAUGUGCUGGCUGUACUGUUGUUAUUAUACGAGAAGAUCUGAUAGGGAAACAAAUGUCAAAUACUCCAACAGUGUUCUGUUACAAGACUCAAGUUGGAAACAACUCUCUAUAUAAUACUCCGCCAACUUACAGUAUAUACAUAAUGGGACUAGUAUUCAGAUGGAAGAAAGAGCAUGGUGGUGUAAAAGCCAUGGAGGAAAACUCAAGACAAAAGUCAGAGAUGAUAUAUGACAUUAUAGAUAAUUCUAGUGGAUUCUUCUGUUGUCCUGUCAACAAAAAAUGCCGCAGUAGAACUAAUGUGCCUUUCCGUAUAGGAAACCCGGACAGCCACGACGUUCUUGAGAAGAAGUUUAUAGAUAUGGCUGCCGAACAAGGAAUGAUUCAACUGAAAGGACAUAGGUCUGUUGGUGGUAUACGUGUGUCACUAUACAAUGCUGUAACUGUAGCUGAAACCAAACUGCUGGCAGAGUUCAUGAAGGACUUUUUAGCCAAGCAUAGAAAUUAGUGUUAAUAAUGACUUUAAAGGGGAAACAUCUGCCAUACUAUUGGUUUCUGGGUGAUUAUGUGCCAUGUGAUAUCAGAGGUCAUAGGUGACUUUAUUAACCAUUCAGUAUUGGUGUAAAUUUGAGGCCUUAAGUUUCAUACUUCCUAUUGAAACGAUAGAGGUAUAGAUUACAAGGAGAUAAGUUUUGCUUUGCAUACAAAUUUUUAAAAGCUCCGCAUUGAAACACUACUACAAAGAUUUAUAGAAUGAAUGUACUAGGGGUUUUAGUUCAUUGUAACCUAUCUCAUUGUGUUAGAGGAUUGGCCGAUAUAAUUACAUUAUUUUACACCAGGACUUGAAUAAGGAAGUGUUUGUACUCGUUCAUUAUUUAAUGCGAGGUGAGACUAACAUUUUGACUGUGAACAUUUUGUUUAAGUGGUUCAUGGCAACUGAUUAUGAUGACUGGCCUUUGUAAUAAAAGACUGCAAGUUUGACUGCAAGUUUGUUAUAGAGAGAUAAAUAUAUAUGAUAUAUAUAAUGACAGAUUUACAUACACAAGCCAUGCCAUGAAGAUUGGUCAGAAAAUCAGAGAUUUUUUUUCAUUAAAUGACAUCUUAUCAAAUUUCAGAGUUAUAUAGGGUGGUUUUUAUUUUGUUGUGUCUUUUUAUAAAAGAAAAUAUUUAACUUGAACGGAAUUAUUUAAUAUUUAACAAAAAUUUAUAUACAAUUGUAUAUUGAAACUCUGGUUUACCGUAAUUAACAUACAAAAAAAAAGAAUAAUAAGUUGAUACUUGUUUUACAUAAAAUAGUGAAAAUCAUUAUUAUAGAGGAACAGUACAUUCUGUGAUAUUUUAUUUGCAUUAAUCAUUUAAAAUGUUGAAUAUUUCUAAUUAAUUUUUUAAUGUUCUUAAUUAAAUUUUAAUGUUUUUAAUUAAAUUGUGUUUUAAAAUAAAUGAUGUCACAGUUUUUUUUUAUUUCUGUUGUAUAAAAGUGUAUUUUUUGUCCUUGUGUUUUUCUAUUUGUCUUGAUUUUUAAAAGCUAUUCAUUCAGCCUAAAGUUGAUGUAAGAUCUUUAAUUUUUGCAGAAAAGUUUGAGUUUGAUGAAGAGGCAUGUUAUCUGUAGAUUACCAUGGUGUCCAUAAAUAUAGGGCAUCUUUAGACAAUGAACGAACCAUCAAUCUACAUAGUCACUUGUUCAACUGUAUUUCAUUAGUUGGUAUAGGUAUUUGUCUUACUUUUGUUGAUCCGAGCCCCAACUUGUCGCAACAAUAUUUGAUGACAUGAUGCCACAACUUAUAUAGUAAUCCAUAAAGCAGACCAGAAAAAAAAUAACGAAAUUGUAAGAAUAUAUUUCAUGAUAUUUUGGCAGAAAGAUCUCUGUACAUUAAAAUCUUGUCUCUAUUUUGUCUCUUACUUCUAAGCAAAAAUCAUUAUCAUGUAUUGUUUAAUAUUCCAUGUGUAUUUUAUGAUAACCUUGUAUAGGGCAUUUUAUCCAUACAUUCAUUCAUUUGUACCUGGAACAAUUUUAUCUAAUAUGAUCCCUGAUUUUUCUCAAAAAGUCCAGGACAUGGUCAAUUAUCAAAUGAGUCGCGUCAUGACAAAACCAACAUAGUGCGUUUGUGAUCAGCUGUUCGCUUACAAACUCGAACAAGUAGAGAAACUGAUAGCGAACAGCAUGGAUCCUGAUCAGACUGCGUGGAGGCGCAGGCUGGUCUGGAUCCAUGCUGGUCGCAAACUCAUUACGUUAGAUUUGUUGUGAUGCGGAUGCUUAUGGUUUUAGCAUUCUAACUGGAAAUCCCAUAAACUAAUGAGAUUUUUAUAUACCUGUUUGAAUUGUCUUCCAGUUCUAUUUUCAUUGAUUUAAUUUUAAAAUAAGGUAUGAAAUAUUUAAUGGGGAAUUUUUAAUGUUUCAAAUUUAUCAUUUUAAUUCCUGUAUUCUCACUUUCCAUUCAAGGCACACUGUGCGUGUACUUGAUAUAUUUAAUAUUUAGAUAGUAUGCUAUACAUGUAUCACAUGUAACAUGUUGGGUUUUAUUUUGUGUCAUUAUUAAAAUACUCAUCAACAUGAUAUUUUAGAAUGUAAUUAAAUUUUAUAUAGGACCUGGUACAGAUUGAUUUGUUUUAAUAAAUGAUGUUUUAUUUUACAGUUUUAGUUCUCUGAAACCAUUUGAUGUUUAACAUUUACAUGUUUUGUUAAUAUUACGAUGACGGUUGAAAAAUAAUAAAAUAAGUCAUAACUUCAA